AUGGUGGAGUUCGCACCCUCGUUCGUGCCGUGGGAGCGCAGGCUGCAGACUCUUGUGAUCGUCCAGUGGGUCUUCUCCAGUCUUGUUCCUGCCGAGCACAGCCAUGGGGACCAGGAGGCCACCGAUGCCUCGACUCCAGCUCUGCUGAAGCUGGUCAAGACCGCUGAGCUGGACCCCUCCCGGAACUACGUUGCUGGCUUCCACCCCCACGGCAUCCUGGCGACCGGAGCUUUUACCAACCUGUGCACCGAGAGCACAGGCUUCUCCUCCCUCUUCCCCGGCAUCCGCCCCAAUUUAAUGACUCUGAACUUGUUGUUUUGGGUCCCCUUCCUCAGGGAUUACAUCAUGUUUUGGGUCUCCCCAGGGCUGGUCUCAGCGGACAAGGAGAGCGGGGAUCACAUCCUGAGCAGGAAAACAGGUGGCAACCUGCUGUGCAUCACUACAGGUGGCGCCCAGGAGGCACUGAACGCCAGGCCUGGAAGCUACAAGCUGGUGCUUCGCAACCGCAAGGGCUUCAUCAGGCUCGCCCUGCGGCACGGGUAACGGGGGAGAGGCCUCUCGGGCUCGGGUGGG